CGUUCCGCCUCUGACAAAGAGAGCUAUCGUCGUCAUCAUCAUCAUCAUUAUCAUUGACUACACGGUCAGAAUAAAAAGUUUUAACCAAUUCCGUUAAUGAAACCUAUUUUAGUAUGUUGAACAAGUUUGCUUAAAUAAACCGAGCCGUUUCACCGGUGUGAUUGAUUGACAUAAUACGUGUUGGCCACGUCUCUAAACGUACUGUAGAGUAGGCACGCACCCAAACUGCUUUCUAGGUAGGCUGCUCACUAGGUUUUGAGACAUCCUGUAUUAUUGGUUGCACCUUGCAGAUGAUAUCAAUACCCUUAAAAGGCCCCUUUCGAUCUUUCAAAAUAGUUCUCACCUUAAUUGACCUAAAAAACGUUUAAUAAUUCUUGUCAACGCGUUUUGUUACUUUGAAAGUGCAAUUGACAUGACAACCUCAUUGUAUUAUACCAAUGCUUGUAAUGUAAUCAUAGCCACACAAUAGCAGUUAGUUAUUUAAUGUGUUAACAAAGUGUACUUUUGAAGUGUACACUUAGGUCAGCUUAUCAUCAAGUGUCCUCUCUUAGUAAUCAGAGGUCGGUUUGAACAAGAUAAACCUAAUAACAAAUGCUACAAAGAUAAUGGGAUCAGAUCCAGGAUCAAGUCAUUCCAUUACAGUCUGUGGUGUAUUCACCUGCUGAAGAUAUGGCCUGUCAGUGGGGUGAGCUGAAAGGAUUGCUGUCAUUGGCUGUCUCUGCCUACUGACCACUCUUGCUUGUAUUUAAGGGUUCAGGUGAAGUGUUACCUUUGUACAGGGUUACACUACAAACUCAUCAGGGCAGAUUAAAAAAGUGCACCAGUUACAUGUUGAGGAGCCAAUAAGACACAUCUCCAAGUCAUUCUGAACUUCACCCCUAAGAUUCUCCAUCUAUCUCAGGCUUGGCCUGAUCCCUUCAUCUCACAGUCCCUUUCCGGCAGACGUGAGUCUAAACAUGGACCUGAGCAACAUACUACUGUUUCCUGUGCAUGCACUAGUGUGGCUGUACUCCCUCCUGAGCUUUCUGCCAUGGUACUUCCUCACGGGAGCUCAGGAAAAGAAAGCCUUGGCAAAGAGGCUCAAAUCCAAGUCUACCACAGGUCAAGCGGAUGGACCUUACCGCUCCAUUGAUCGAUUCGACUCCCUGGUGACGGUGGAUUUCCCAGGAAAAGACACCCUUGACAAACUGUUUGACUAUGCGGUGCAGCGUUUCGGUAAAUUAGACUGCCUGGGAACUCGAGAAGUUCUGAGUGAAGAAAAUGAGACCCAACCGAGUGGGAAAGUCUUCAAAAAGUUAAUUCUUGGUGAUUAUAAGUGGAUGUCAUAUGAGGAUCUGGAUGUUGAGGUCAGUCAGUUUGGGAGUGGGCUGGCAGCGCUAGGCCAAAAGCCAAAAAGCACCAUCGCUAUUUUCUGCGAGACACGUGCGGAGUGGAUGAUCAUGGCUCAGGCCUGCUUCAGACGCAAUUUCCCAUUGGUGACCUUUUAUGCUACUCUUGGAGAAGAGGCAGUCGUUUUUGGAUUAAAUGAGUGUGGAGUUACCCACCUCGUCACCAGUGUAGAACUGCUGGAAAACAAACUGAAAAGUGUUCUUCCUCAAAUCCCCAAUCUGAAGCACAUCAUCUAUGUGGAUAGGAAGGGUACCAACACUGCAGGAUAUCCACAGGGCAUACAGAUCCACAGCAUGCACUCUGUGGAGGAGCUGGGAGCCAAGCCAGAAAACCUGAGUAGAGAAAUAGUGAAGCCUGUUCCAUCAGACCUUGCUGUUAUUAUGUACACCAGUGGUUCCACCGGCAGACCUAAAGGGGUGAUGAUCAUCCAUAGUAACCUCAUUGGGGGCAUGGCAGGCCAGUGCGAAAGGAUACCUGGCUUGGGCCCAAAGGACACAUACAUUGCUUAUCUUCCUUUGGCUCAUGUGUUGGAAAUGACUGCUGAGAUCUCAUGUGUGACCUAUGGCUGCAGGAUUGGCUAUUCCUCCCCACAAACACUGUCUGAUCAGUCAACCAAGAUUAAGAAGGGAAGUAAAGGUGACUGCACUGUGCUGAGACCUACCUUAAUGGCAUCUGUACCUGAAAUAAUGGACCGGAUCAAUAAGAAUGUCAUGAGUAAAGUGCAGGAAAUGAGCUGUGUACAGAGGACACUGUUCAAAAUGGCUUAUGACUACAAGCUCAAGCAGAUCAAGAAAGGUUAUGACGCGCCACUUUGCAACAUUGUGUUUAAAAAAGUGAGGGCCCUGCUGGGUGGGAACGUGCGUAUGAUGCUGUCCGGAGGAGCACCUCUGUCUCCCGCCACUCAACGCUUCAUGAACAUCUGUUUCUGCUGUCCUGUUGGUCAGGGAUAUGGUCUUACGGAGACAUGUGGAGCAGGCACUAUAACUGAGGUUGCAGACUACAGCACUGGACGAGUAGGAGCUCCUCUGAUAUGUUGUGAAAUCAAACUAAAAGACUGGGCAGAAGGUGGCUAUACAAAGCACGACAAGCCUCAUCCUCGUGGUGAGAUCCUCAUUGGAGGUCCUAAUGUGACCAUGGGCUACUACAGGAGCGACAGCUCGAACAAUGAGGACUUCUAUGUGGAUCAGAAUGGACAGCGAUGGUUCUCUACUGGUGAUGUCGGGGAGAUGCACCCUGAUGGUUGUCUUCAGAUUGUCGAUCGCAAGAAGGACCUUGUGAAACUUCAGGCUGGGGAGUAUGUGUCUUUAGGCAAAGUUGAGUCGGCAUUGAAGAACUGUUCUCUUGUUGACAACAUCUGCGCGUACGCAAACAGUGACCAGAACUACGUCAUCAGCUUUGUUGUUCCUAAUCAGAAGAAGCUCACUGCUCUUGCCAAUCAGAAGGGUAUUGAGGGAACAUGGGAAGAGAUCUGCAACCAUCCAAUUAUGGAGAGAGAAGUUCUGAGAGAAAUUAAAGAAGUUGCAAAUUCAAUUAAACUACAGCGCUUUGAGAUACCAGUCAUGGUCCAUUUGAGUCCGGAGCCAUGGACCCCCGAGACAGGCCUAGUGACAGACGCAUUCAAACUGAAGAGGAAGGAACUGAAGAACCACUAUCUUAACGACAUCGAAAGAAUGUAUGGCCACAAGUAGGACCUCUAUCACAGCCAAAGACACCUUCAUCAGACCACCGCAGUGCAAAAUUGCUGUGUAUAAAUAAACGUUUAAAAAAAAACGUUUUGCCACAACUUCACCACUGCCCAUUGCUUAGUAAUGUGCACACUUUUUAAGAGAAAAAAUGCUGAUGAGUUGUUGGUCUGUGCAUUUUUAUUCCUGGUAAUAUAAGCAGAGCUACGUGGGUAUUUUAAUUCAGAGCUCUGUAGUCUCUUUGCUGUGAAAUAGUUUACAAUAGAGUCGUAGCUGAGUAGACCUGUUGGGUAGUGGACAAUAUUUAGCUUAUCCAACAUAAAACAUCCACUUAUUUCUCCUUGUAGUGUAAAAUGUUUCAACCAUUGAACAGCGAUAUACUGCCAUCACCUUAAGCUUUUUUUUUCCAUUGUGUGAAAUUGUAGCUUUUCUUUGUAAAAAAAAAAAUUGUCAAUUUUUGUUGUUUGUUUAAAAGAAUUUGAAAACAUAAUUGCUAGCUAAGGUUGUCAUUGCACUACAGAACUCCCCCUCCUUUUAGGGGCAAGUACUAUAUAGUGAUGUUUCUGUGCCUUCUGAUUGUUCAUUAUUUUCAACAUUGAAUCCCUUUUGGUUGAAAAUUUGACAAUUCCUGUGCUUCAUCCACUCAGUACUUCAGGAGCUAGUGUCUUUUUAAUGGUUACAAACCAGUUAAUUAUGAGUUUUUAUGUAAAUGUAUCUAGCUGAGUUAGUUCCAAAUUUUCUUGUUUUGCUAGUUCACACAUUAGGUAAAUAUAUACUCACGGAAUGACUCGGGGCAUGUUGAGAUGUCUGUGGCAAGUGGUUUGUUGUUGAUUUGUUCUGUUAGCUAGACUGACAGCUUAAAUGAAGGGAACAUUUUUUAGGAUCAAUAUUUUCCCACCUUAUGCCACAGGUGAAGGUUGUAUUACAGCCGUAUCAUCUAUUCUUUUCCACUGGCAUAAACCACCGAUUCUAGUGCUGCUCGUGUAGAGUAAGUGAUUUGUUUUAUUGUCACAAGCUCUUGUUUGAAAUUCCACUUCUGCAGAUUUUUGACACAUCUUGUAAUGUUAUCGCCUCUGUGCUGAAAUACAUUUUCUAAAAUAACUGAAAUUAAAAAAAAAAAAAAUCCACAACAUGAACUUUACCCUCCACAAUAAUUGGGUUGAGAACCCAUUAUCUGCUAUUUAGUACUGUACUUGAUAUUGUAAUUUAUUUUGUCAAAUAUGCAUUUCAUUAAUUUGAACCCUUUUUAAUUUAUUUUUAUAAUUUUUAACAAGUGUUAAAGGUACAGACACUGUCAUCUGUAAUAUCAUGGUUUACCAAAUGUUUCACUCUGGAGAAUAGUGUAGUUUAUUUAUUUUGUCAUUUGCACUAUGUUUUCAUGGAUUUUUAGCCAUUGUUAAUAUCUAUUAAGCCAACAAAUUUAGCAGUUAUUUGAUUCCCUCUGGAAAGUUCCCCUCCCCCUCCCUCACAGCCCUCAGGGUUCCCAUCUCCAUAAGCAGGACUACAAUGGUAAAAUGUCUGCAUUCGAGAAAUUGUGAAUUUGCUUGUAGAAUGUUCUAUAAAGCUUAUUUAUUCUUUUUUAUUGUGGGUCACUGUAUGUAACAAGCUAUGUAAAAGUAAAACAGUUUUCUACUAAA